GCGGCGCCUGCGCAGUGCGAGGCCCGGCCCUGGAAGACAGCUCGAGCGCAGCUAGUGCCAGCCAGCCGGGGCAGAGCGCGAGCUGCUGCGUCCCUCCCACCCAUCCAGCCCGGAGCGGGGUCCGCAUCGUGCGCGCUCCGAGCCCGGCUCCUGCGCCGCGGGGUGACCGCUGCGCGUCAUUAGCCCUGCAGAGACCACGGUCGGGGGGCUUGGCGCUCGCCAGCAGGGCCUCCCCGUUUGCACCCCCUCGCCCCACAGCCGGGGCCCCUCCCCGUUUGCGCCCCCUCGCCCCACUGCUGGGGUACUCUCUAUACCUUCCCACUGGGGGGACCCUCCCAGUUGCACCUCCUUCCCCCAGCACUGGUGCCCCUGCUGCAUUGCAGCCCCCACCCCAAGCGGUAAGUGCUCCCGUUUUGUUACCCAGCACCCCCACCCCUUCCUGAGUAGUGAAGGUAAGAGGCAGCAGAGCCCCCCGGGGUGCAUUGAACCCCUCGGUCUCCAGCUGCCGCGGCCCUCCCUUGUAAUUCAUCUCCUAGCAGCGGCUGCAGACUCCGUAGGCGACCUUUGUGCUGCAUCCCUUUCCUAAACGGCAGCAGCUCCUUAGGCUGUUACAUCGCCCUUCUAAGCAGCUUUCUAGGCCCUCUCUUGGUUGCAUUGGACCACCCUUCCCUAAGCUGCAACCUUCUGGGUUGCAACAUACUCCCCUACCUAAGCAACAGGAGCCCUCUAGCGCUCUGAGGUUACUUUUAUCCCUUUCCCCCAGAAAUAUAUAUCCCUCUAGUGCCUUUGAGCUGUAUUGAACCCUCUUCCAGCCUGAAGUCCCCCAGCUUGCUAGGAUUGAACCUCCCCAGGAUCCUUUAGCAUUCCAGUCUUCAUCCCCAAAAUUGGAUUACAUCCCCUCUCCUUAUCUGGGUUUCUGUACUGCAUCCGUCGCCAUAGUAUUUGAGCCCCUUGAAGAAAACAAAAUCCUCAGACGCUGCCACUCCUCCAGUGUUCCCUGGAGUAGUACACCCCAUUCCCCACAGCAACCCCGCUAGCCCUCUGGGAUUGUCCUCCCCUCCUCCCCAGCAGUGAGAUGAGCUUCUUUGGGUUUGGGCAGAGUGCGGAGUUGGAGCUGGUGCUGAGCGAUGCAGAGAGCAGGCGCAGGGCUGAGCACAAGACUGAAGAGGGCAAGAAGGAGAAAUAUUUCCUCUUCUAUGAUGGAGAGACAGUAUCAGGUCGGGUCACCCUCACCCUCAAGCACCCAAACAAGCGGCUGGAGCACCAAGGCAUCAAGGUGGAGUUCAUUGGACAAAUUGAGCUCUACUAUGACCGGGGCAACCACCAUGAAUUUGUCUCUCUGGUGAAGGAUCUGGCCCGUCCUGGUGAGUUCACCCAGUCACAGACAUUCGACUUCGAAUUCACACAUGUGGAAAAACCAUACGAGUCCUACACGGGGCAGAACGUGAAGUUACGGUACUUCCUCCGAGCGACCGUCAGCCGCAGAUUAAAUGAUGUGGUGAAGGAGAUGGACAUCGUCGUGCACACACUCAGCACCUACCCGGAGCUCAAUUCCUCUAUCAAGAUGGAGGUGGGAAUCGAGGAUUGCCUGCACAUCGAGUUUGAGUAUAACAAAUCCAAGUACCACUUAAAAGAUGUGAUUGUUGGAAAAAUCUACUUCCUGUUGGUGCGGAUCAAGAUCAAACACAUGGAGAUAGAUAUCAUCAAGAGAGAGACAACAGGGACCGGCCCCAAUGUUUACCACGAGAAUGAUACAAUAGCUAAAUAUGAGAUCAUGGACGGGGCACCUGUGAGAGGGGAGUCCAUUCCAAUCAGACUCUUCCUGGCAGGCUAUGAGCUGACACCCACUAUGAGGGACAUCAAUAAGAAGUUCUCGGUGCGUUAUUACCUCAACCUGGUACUGAUAGAUGAAGAAGAAAGGCGCUACUUCAAACAGCAGGAGGUGGUGCUAUGGCGGAAAGGAGACAUUGUGAGGAAGAGCAUGUCCCACCAGGCAGCCAUUGCCUCUCAGCGGUUUGAGGGGACGUCCUCCCAUGCUGAGGCCAGGACCCCCAGCCAGCCUGCAGAAAACAACAGCCGGCAGUGAAAGACCCUGUGGAGCGAGGCUGCUGCAGAACCCAAGUGUCCGGGGCCGGCAGCAGCAACGAGGGGAAAAGAAAAUAUUUCACCAGAGACUUAUGAAAAUCAAUAUCAGUUUUUUGACUUAAUUCUGAUCUUCGAAGGACCAGUAGGGUUGGGAAGGGGCAAUGGAAGCUACAGCAACCACGGCACAAAGUUGAACGUACCUCGGUGCUCCCCAACCUCCUACAUUUCUCUGGGGCAGGCUGCUUUUACACAUGCAGGGGCCAUUGGGCUGCCUGACUUUCCCGUUGCCAUGAGACCCCUUCAGCAUGGCAGUGGGGAGGCGGGAGGGGAAAUUUGUUGUGCCUCCUCUGCGGUAGGGGUGUCACUUUGGGCAUGUAGGAAGGCAUUUUGGCUGCCAUCGAGAAGCCCUCAUGAGGUGAGUGGGAGGAGGGAGCCUGAUGAAGCAUUUUAGCUGGAAGGCGGGAGUGUGUGUGAGUGGAGUUUAAGCUUGAGGUGUAGCCUGCCUGACUCGUCCCCCCCCCCCCCAACCCCCACCCCCCGUGCUGUUCCUGGAGUCUCUGCUGCAAACGGUUAUAUAAUUAGUUGAAUCAGCCCUGUGAAUAACAGAGCCAGGUUGUGCAGCGUAGCAGAUGAUGCUGCCUUUGUGUCCCUGCCUUGGGAGCUCAUGGAUGCAGCAUCUCGGGGGGGAGCAGGGGGGAUAGUUAACAUUUAAAAACGCAGAUAGUAGCUGAGAGUGGAAUUGACAGGCGUAUGGAUACUGGAAAGGGCAGACGAGGUAUGGGAGAGCUAGCAGAGCUGCUAGGCAGUGUGAGUCUGGGAGGAAACUGGCCAAUGAAAGAGAGCGCACAGAGCCUUGAUAGUCUCGCCUCCGGGAGGUCAGGCUGUAGUUUGUAAUCCAUGCUGUCUGAUAGAGCCACGCUGGUGCAGCUGAGCCCUGGGAAGCUUGUGUAUGUUGGAGAUAGAAGAGUGUGUAAUAGAGUGGUGGUACAGAUUCCACAUGCUGUUGUGGGAAGCAGUUGCAGUCAGGUCUCCUUAGGAGUUGUACAGGGAAAAGCGUUGUGGGGUGUGAGAGAGCAGCAUCAGUGCAGUGGCCUGUGCAGCCUCUGAAGUGCUGCAGUAAAUGAUGGACUGUUUCCCUUCUGGCUUUCUCCUUGUUUCCAAUUUAUCUGGAUGAAACUCUGCUUCAUCUGUCUCUAGGAUUCACCCCAGUGGUGCUGUGGUUAAACCUCAUGGGGACUUCCCUGAUUGGCUGAAAAUUAUCUGAAAGAGUAGUAGGGUGGGACAGAAGAGGACACGGGGGUGUUCUUUAAAUGCACCUGUAUGCAAAAGGCUUGAAGGAUACCCCCAUAGCACCUGGGAUGGGCUAUUACUAUUCCUAGCAAAUGGGACUCCUUUGUUUAAGGAGUUACUGGUCUGUAGGUGCUGCUAAGUGAAGUGAAGCAAGAUGGCAGGCAACACUUUUUGCUUCCAUAGACAGCUCUUGAUCAGUUGGGCCUGAUGAGAACAGUAGUGGUAGUGGCUUUGGGCAUGAAGCUAUCUGAGGACCUGAGUAUGGGAUGUCUUUCACUCUUAAAAUAAACGCCAUUUAAUCUUUUGAGUUAAGUGGGAUCAGCCCUCCUUUAAAGUUCAGAGAUGGUCUUUUAGACUUAACUGAUGGACUGGAUUUAGAUGUUCUCCAUCCUUUUUAGAUCCCUUUCUAGGAAGCAGGUAAUAAAACCUCCAACCAGCAUAUGGCGACAGAAACCUGAACUAAACCGGGACAUCAACUCCCUCUAUAAUGGGAGCUGUACUGAUGAUUUUCCUGACGUUCUGCCAGGCUUGCUUCUGAAUCUGAAAUUUCCUCUGGUUGGAUGUAGAGCUGUUCUCUUGCUGCUGGGAAGUUAAAGCAUCUUCUGCAACGUGCUGUGUAUGAGACAGUGCCCUGGUGCCUGUAGUGGUGGUGGGAUCUGGGUGGGAGGGGGGUGAUGUUUGCGUAGUAAGAAAGCUGCUGUAGUUCAGUGAUAAAUGUGUUUUCUGCUUGCCAAACUAAGUUUUAUUUUCACUCAGUCACACGUAGGGCUAUGGUUCUUAUCCUAGAUGGAGAGUCCUGCUCCGUCCCAGGGGACGUUAAUUGCCUCUUCUCUGCUGUGAACACUAGUGUCACACCAUGUUCUGCACUGUAGUAGUGAGGAUGUGCGGCUUACUCUGCCUCUGUACAUGAGAGGUCCCUGCUGUGGACUGGAAUGACAGUCUCCUCCCUCAGACUGAAGCCAAGUCCUAUUAAAGGCAGCUGCUUUGUUACAUCACGCGUAGGGAUAGCGGUGUGCUUUGGGCCUCGUGUAGCAAACGAACAUGGACGCUACUUCGGUGGCUAGCCUGCUCUGCUUCUACCCCAUUGAGAGGGAUCCAGGUGUGCCGUGGCAAUGCACAAUCAUUUGAAAACAGGUGAGGCUCCCUUUGGAAGACAGUCCGGGUAACAGAUGGUAUCUGUGUGGCUGAGCCUAACCCAGCUGCAUCCUGACCCACUCUCCCCUUUGCCUCAUCUCAAAACAGCCAUCCUGAAAUCCCUUUGUGCUUGAAUACUUCUCUUGGUUGUAGUAUGUGUUGGUGUUAAGAAGCCCAGUGGGUGAACACAUCUCUGCAUUAGGUGAGUGGUGAAACAGGAUCAGUGAAGGACCUGAGGAGAUUGCCUAAAGAUGGAAAUCCCCCUCUCCCCUCCCCGGAAUAUUUUCAGACAGCAUCUGCUUGUCACUGUGAGAGGGAUUAGUCAGAAAAGGUGCAUGAGCCAAAAUGUUUCCUUUUGCUAACUUUUCCUCACCUGCGUGUCCCCCAUCAUAGGACUAGGCUUGAGAGUCACCCCUCCCCACAUUUUUACCUUCUCUGAUUAGAUCAUUCAACCUGCUUUCUAUUAUGUCCUGUGUUUGGGGUGAUGAUACCUGCCCCAUCUGUAAUGAUUGGCUCUUGAGAGGACAGACAUGAAAUUCAGACUACAGAAAAGAAAAAGACAACUGUUUAAUAAGAGGAGCGGGGAACUAUUGUGGCUUUCGCAGCCCAGCCCAUGCUGAGUUGUUUUAUCCUGUGCUUUGGGUGUCCCCCGCUCUUCCAAGCAGAUUCUCACUGUGGGGAGUGGUGCAUAGGUACUGAACCAAGCAGUGCAACUUGUAAUUUAGCCUCUGCAGUGUUUACAUGUUUCUUAAUUCAUCAUCUUUUCAAUGGCUGUAUUUUAAAAUUUGUUUUUUGUCUCUUGGAUUAAAAGGGCCAUUCUAGGCUUUUAAAUGCUG